AUGCCGCCAACCUCAUCAAAACCGCCUCCCCUCCCGCUCGCCCCCGACCGCGCCGCCAUAUCAAACAAAAUCUCCCUCCUCCUCUCCAACCGCACGUCCCUCCUCAAGACACUCAACCCUGCCUCCUCCUCUUCAUCAACUCAAUCCUCCACGCCGCCGCCGCGUCGGUACAACGUCAACGCAGACGACAUCGAGCAGCUCUUUUCCGGGCCCCGGCCCAACGAAGGCGUGGGCUAUGUUCCCGACCGCAAGGCCGCCGCCGGAGACGCGGCCGCGAGGGAGGACAGGAUGCUGAGGGGAAGAUUAUUGGGCAAGGGUCAGAGGAACGGCAAGGGAUCUGCUGCGGCGGGGAAGAAGUUCGCGGUUGAGAGCGAGAGUGAUGAGGAGCCUGGGAGGAGUGGGCUGGGGAAGAGGAAGAGGCCGAGGAGGGAGCAUGUGGUGGAAGAUGCGGUGGAGGAGAAUGAGGAGGGGAGCGGAGAUAAGGGGGGAGAAGAGCUGGGAAAGGAUGAGGUUGAAGAUAUGGACACGGGUGAUGGGAAAGGAGAUGAAGACGCUGACGCUGUUCUGGUGCAAGAGCAACAAGUGGCAAUACCAGAUCAAGAAGACAACGACGGGGAUGAUGCGAAAAGGAAUAAAAAGAAAAGGAAGCGCCAGAGGGAGAAAGAGAAGCAGAAGCAGAAGAAACUCGGCAAUGCUUCAUAA